UGCAAAUUAUCCAAGGAGAGGAUUACUUCGGUCCUUCGGAUAAUUUCAAGGUAAGCUAUUGGCGAAGAAGGACAAGUUUAGAACAAAAAUUAAUUAUUGUAUCAUCGAUACUUUUUUGUUUGACUUUUGCACUGAUGAUAACAACCAUCGUAUUGGAUAAAAGAUUGGAAAACUAUAAGUCCAAAUCAUUUGAUAUUACUCUUGGUCCUACUCCAGAUUCUACUUUAACAUCGACAAUUUCACCAACUGAAAAUCACACUUCAAUAGCAAUAAAUUAUAUUUCAACAGACUCCACGGCGGAUGGUCAGCCCUCUUCUCAUGCAACGGAUUCUUCUCUCUCACCAGGCUCCACGACGGAUGGUCAGCCCUCUUCUCAUGCAACGGAUUCUUCUCUUUCACCAGAUUUCACGACAAACGAUCAACCCUCUUCUGUAGCAACAGAAUCUUCGCCUAUCUCACCAGAUUCGACAACAAACGAUCAGACCUCUUCUCGUGCAACGGAUUCUUCUUCUCUCUCACCACACUCCACGACGGAUGGUCAGCCCUCUUCUGAAGCAACGGAAUCUUCGCCUAUCUCACCAGAUUCCACGACAAACGAUCACACUUCUUCCCAUGAAACGGAUUCUUCUUCUCUCUCACCAGACUCCAUGACGGAUGGUCAGCCCUCUUCUGAAGCAACAGAUUCUUCGCCUAUCUCGCUAGAUUCGACAACAAACGAUCAGAUCUCUUCUCAUGAAACGGAUUCUUCUUCUCUCUCACCAGACUCCACGACGGAUGGCCAGCCCUCUUCUGAAGCAACGGAAUCUUCGCCUAUCUCACCAGACUCCACGACGGAUGGCCAGCCCUCUUCUGAAGCAACGGAAUCUUCGCCUAUCUCACCAGAUUCCACGACAAACGAUCAGACCUCUUCUCAUGCAACAGAUUCUUCUUCUCUCUCACCAGACUCCACGACGGAUGGCCAGCCCUCUUCUGAAGCAACGGAAUCUUCGCCUAUCUCACCAGAUUCCACGACAAACGAUCAGACCUCUUCUCAUGCAACAGAUUCUUCUUCUCUCUCACCAGACUCCACGACGGAUGGUCAGCCCUCUUCUGAAGCAACGGAAUCUUCGCCUAUCUCACCAGAUUUCACGACAAACGAUCAAUCCUCUUCUAAAGCAACGAAUUCUUCGCUUAUCUCACCAGAUUCCACGACAAACAAUCAGACCUCUUCUCAUGCAACGGAUUCUACUUCUCUCUCACCAGAUUUCACGACAAACGAUCAACCCUCUUCUGAAGCAACAGAAUCUUCGCCUAUCUCAUCAGAUUCCACGACAAACGAUCACACCUCUUCUAAAGCAACGGAUACUUCGCCUAUCUCGUCAGAUUCGACGAGAAACGAUCAGAUCUCUUCUCAUGCAACUGAUUAUUCUUCAUUUUCACCAUACUCCACGACGAAUGGUUAGCCUUUUUCUGAAGCAACGGAAUCCUCGCCUAUCUCCCCAUAUUUCACGACAUACGAUCAGACCUUAUCUCAUGCAACUGUUUCUUCUUCUUUCUCACCAGACUCCACGACGGAUGGUCAGCCCUCUUCUGAGGCAACGGCAUCUUCGCCUAUCUCACUAGAUUCGACAAUCGAUGGUCGGUUGUUUUUAUGAAGCAACAGAAAUGUCGUCCACCUCACUUUUUUCUAUGAGAUUCCGAAAGUACCAAUAAAGAAUAUUUUUC